CUUCUCUCCUCUUCUCCUUAUAACCCCCUUCCUCUCUCUCUUUCCUUUCCUUGUCUUCCUACAUUUCUACUACUUACUCUCUCCAUCUCUCUCUCUUUCUCUCCCUCUCCUCUAGAAUUUCAGAAUCUCAUUCUAUUUACAAAUAUUCUAAAUAGAAUGGUUGCCAAAAAGCCGAGAAUUGUUAUCAUAGGAGCAGGAAUGGCUGGCCUCGCAGCCGCCAACAAGCUCCACACCGCACCAGGCUCCGCCGAACUCUUCGACCUCUCCAUCGUCGAGGGUGGUAACCGCAUCGGCGGCAGAAUCCGCACUUCUCAAUUUGGAGGCGACCGCAUCGAGAUGGGCGCGACGUGGAUCCACGGCAUCGGCGGCAGCCCAAUUUACAACAUCGCCACCCAGAUCGGCUCUCUCCACUCAGACCAGCCAUGGGAGCGGAUGGACGGAUUCCCUGACGAUCACCUCACCGUCGCAGAAGGCGGGUUUCAGGUAGACCCCACCAUUGUAGACCCCAUUUCAUCGCUCUACAGGCAACUGAUGGACUUUGCAAAGGGGAAGAAGCUCGCCGACGAUGGUGACGAAAGCGAAGACGGUUGCAGAAUUGCAGGUAAAGCUGCUAAGCUCUGCGUCAGCAACGGCUGCCGAGGGCUCAGCAUCGGUUCUUUCCUACGGCGUGGCCUGGAGGCUUAUUGGGUUUUGAAGGGAGAUCGGAAAUCAAUCCAAGAUUUAGGGAAUUGGAGCCGUAGAUCGCUUGAAGAAGCAAUCUUUGCCAUGCAUGAGAAUACUGAGAGGACUUACACUUCUGCUGGCGAUCUUUCUCAGCUCGACUUCGAAGCUGAGAAAGAGUAUAGAGAGUUCCCUGAUGAAGAGAUCACCAUCGCUAAAGGGUACACGAGCAUCAUCGAAUCAUUGGCGUCGGUCCUGCCUCUUGGUUUGAUCCAAUUAGGCAGGAAAGUUGAGAAGAUCGAAUGGCACCCGGAAGGCUUUCAACCGUCAGAUGAAGAGGGUAGUAGGCCAGUGAAGCUACAUUUCGAUGAUGGGUCAGUCAUGGCAGCCGAUCAUGUAAUUGUUACAGUUUCACUGGGUGUGCUCAAGGCCGGAAUCCGUAAAGAAAAGCCAGGAAUGUUUAAUCCCUUGCUUCCAUCCUUCAAAACCGACGCGAUUACAAGGCUUGGAUUUGGUGUCGUCAACAAGCUGUUUCUUGAAUUGGAUACAGAAGGCAAGAAUUUCAAGGAACUCCCCUUCUUGCAGAUGGUCUUCGAGCAGAAUCCAUCGGUAAAACAGGGUAAGGUUCCAUGGUGGAUGAGGAAGACCGUGUCUCUGUGUCCAAUCUACAAGAAUUCGAAUGUCCUUCUUUCAUGGUUUGCUGGUCAUGAAGCUCUCGAGCUUGAAUCGCUCAAAGACAACGAGAUCAUCAAAGGGGUGUCGGCGACACUCUGCCAUUUACUCCCUGAUUCGAUCACACCCCAACGGGGCCUAAAUUCUCACUACUGCAAUGGAAACCUGAAUGGGGUGGCUAAAUUCGAGCGGUCUUAUGGGAAAUUCACAAAGGUUUUAAAAAGUGGAUGGGGGAAUGACCCGCUGUUCUUGGGUUCUUAUAGUUUUGUAGCGGUGGGAUCGAGCGGCGAAGAUCUGGAUUUGAUGGCAGAGCCAUUGCCGGAAGGUCCGACAGACAGCGCACCCCCUCUUCAGCUUCUGUUUGCUGGCGAAGCAACACAUAGAACACACUACUCUACUACUCAUGGAGCUUACUUCAGUGGCAUUAGGGAAGCCACUAGACUCCUCCAACACUAUAGCAGCUUUGGGUUUCCAUAGCUGUUGCGAAAGAAGAACCUCUCCAAACACCUUUUUUCUUGUUCUUCUUCCUCAAUUAAUCCUACCCACCUCCACUCUCUCUGAUUUACCCGCCUUUUCUCUCCUUCGAAUGUAUGAGAGAGAGAGAGAGAGAGAUAGAGAGAGAGAGAGAUGGAUAAGUUUUGAGAUGUGGUAUUGAAAGAAGCUUCCUUUCUUUUCCUUCUUUUUUAUUUUUCUAAUGUUUCUCUCCCCUUCUUUGUUUUUUUGUUGUAAUUGGGUUUCUUUGGAUCUUCAAAGCAACUGUUUGAGAUUAUGGUGUGUUGAUUGUAUAUUGAAAGGAAAGAAAAGAAAAAGAAAAAAAGGAGAAAGCUUUGGAUCUCACAAGUGUUCUUUUCUAC